AGUUUGCAUAUUGGUAUCCUCCGUGUAAGGAAGUGGCAGAGUGUAGUAGAGUGAGUUUACCAAAAAAUAAAAAACAAAAACUUGUGUCGUAGAGUGAGCUGGUUGUAGAUGGCUUCCUCAGGCGGCGGCGACGGCGUGAGGCCAACAAAGAGGCCGUUAGGGUUUAUGAAGCACGCGAUGGCAAGAAAGGACAGCUUCAUUCAGUGGUUUGCGAUGACUGGGAUUCUGCUUCUGAGCAUGAGGUCUUUGGGUCAGAAAUACCGAAUCCAUAGCCUUCAGGAGGAAAACUAUACUCUUCAGGAGGAGCACGAUUUACUCGCAGAGCGCAUCAACAACAUCAAGCGUGAUCUCCUUCAUGAAGCUUCUGAAGACUCCACUGGCGCCUUUGCUUCUCGCCUUCGUCUUCUCUUCUCCGAUCACCACUGAUCGCUCUUAGGUUUUCUUCUUUCUUUCCCUUUUAAUUCCUUUUAGUCUCGUCAUUCUUAUGAACUAUCUGUUACUACCUCUUAUUAGCGAUAAUGAAUGGAUUGUGUUGUGCUAUUGGUUCAUGUGUAAUUUCAAUUAAGAAUGAACGGAAUUGCACUGUUGAAAGCGCUUCCCAAUCUUGCUGUAGAGGUGUUUGUCACUUUGUCUUUAGCUGAGUAUUUGUAUCUUUGUGAAUUGGACUGAAGUAUGAUUUCGACUAAAUUAUGACUAGAGACCUGAGCGGAAAUUUUUGUUCA